GUUUAUCUACAAACGACACUGGUGCAUUGGCUAUUCGGCGUGACAGAAAUCAGCAGGGGGUAGCGGGGUUUGCAUCGAGCUGUCGCCGCAGCCGACUCGUCCUUUGCAGCUAGCGCUCCCGGUCACCCUAGCGGUGCCUGUCAACCACAGUAAAUACAAUCAGUUUAAACUUACUACAUUCAUACUUGUAAACUCCAACUCUUUUGACAGCCCGCUGUCGCUUUGAACUAGCAAGCCUUUCCUCACAAACUCUUUGCAAGCGCCGAACACAAGAGCAGGCGCCAUGGGCUACGGAUGGCGCCGUGUUAUGGAGACUAUGCGCCAGAAGGUCGGCACUGAUAAGGCCUUCGUGGCCACCUCCAAUGCCCGAAACGAGGCCAUGUUUAAGGAGGCCACUGACUUCUGCAACCACCUGCGGCUGCUGGAGCGCGAUCUUCGUAGCAUGCACAAGGAGAUUGAUGCAAAAUUUGCCAACCUGCGGGCGAUCCUUUCGUCGCCGCUGCCUCGCACCUAUGAGGAGGGCGCGAACGGAGUCGUGCCGGUGUCUGAGGAAGCCAAGUUGAUUGGCCAGGGCAUUGCAGUGGACAGGCUGCAAGAGUCAGCCAAUGAGCUCCGGCAGCGGCUAGAUGACGAGGUGAUCAAGCCCCUGCGCUCGUGGCUCAUGGCCUACCGCACCGUGUCGGAGCGCAUGGAGAAGCUGGAGGCGCUGCGCCUGGAACUGGACUCCCGCCGCCGCACCGUCGACAGCCUCGAGGAGAAGUGCGACAAGCUGCACAAGACUGCGCCGGCGGCGAAGGACAAGGACAAGCACGAGCAGGAGAUGGAGAAGAUGAGCCAGCUGCUGCUGCACAAGCAGGACAAGUGCAACCGCACCAAAAACGCGUUUGAGGAGCUGGAGAAGAUGGUGUACAAUUCGCUCAACACGCUGGUGAAGGACACGGGCGUGCUGCGUGACUACACGGGCCUGUCUCUGUCCAUCCUGCAGGACUGCUUCCAGCGGGGCCACUCGGCCUUCAGCACGGCCACGCCGCUGCUGGACUACAACUCCACCUCCGACAACCACAUGUACAACCACGCGCCCUCCGCCUACCACCACCAGCACCUGCCCGUCAUCGAGCGGGCGGCAUCGGAGCGUGCGGGCCUGGUGCGGCAGCUGACGGAGCAGCGGCCACGCGCGCCCAGCUCCAAGGGCGAAAUGGACGCUCUGAACCGCAACGUGGCGCUGUACUGCGAGGACGGCGGCGCGGACGUGUUGCCGCCCUACGACGUCAGCCCGCGCCACCACCCCGCUGGCGACAAGAUGCAAAUGCAAAUGCAGCAGGGCCCGGGCACGUACCCCGAGGUGCCGCAGAUGCCCAUGGGCGGCCAGCAGGCGGGCGGCAACCCCUACAGCGCCGCAUACCAGCAAUCACCGCACGCCACGCGCUACAUGACCUCGCCAGCACCGGCGCAGUGGCAGGGCCAGCAGGCGCAGUACUGAGCUCCUGGUAGCGGAGACGUGAAUCCGACUUAGUAGUGCAUGAUGGUGCGUUUGGAGGUGGUGGAAGGAGAGGGGGUGAGGUAGCGCGCGCGUAGGCUACCCGGGUGCAUUCUCUGGGCACACUUUUUGUUGGCGUGCGUGGGAGUAAGCCUCGUGGCCGGGUGAGUCCCUGCGCCACGUCAGGCGUGCCGGCAGGCGUGUAUUGAUGCAUUACGUGUGCGUGAAAAAAAGUCAAAGUGUGCUGUUGGGCGGGCGGAGGAGGUGAUGGAGGUGUAGACUGGCGGCAUCUUACUGGUGUGAUGUACAUAGGAAUUCAUCAGUGCUCCAGCUUCAUCAAAGCGCGGGCAAAGUAGUCCCAGUGGGCCCCCGUUGCUAGCUGCAUGGGGCUAGCGCGGGCUGACUGGCAGGAGGGGGCUGCAGGUGAGGGCUGAUGACAACUGUGAGGCCAAUACAGACAAUACCGGUAACUUAUCUGCUGUGGACCCUGCCAAUUACAGGGUGCCCACAAGGCGCUCGAAGGUCACCUUGCUGGCCGGAGAAUGGCCUCAUUGUAAGCUUUGUGCUGA